GUAAAUUAAAGAAAAUUAAAAAAAAAAAAAAUUAGCCUUAUCGGACCAUCCUUGGGCUACACCAUCCAUAGGUGUAGCACUACUCAUUUGUUAAUGAGGCUUCUAAUUACAUGUAUAGCAAUAAGACACUCGUUUCCCUAUCUAAUUUUGCCUAUUUCCAAAUUCCAGCACUGAAAUCUUGAGCGUCUUUAACUAACAUGAGGGACUUCCUGCAGCUAUCCUUCCCUAGUUUGGAAGUACUGCAUUUGCGAGAUCUGCCCAGAAUAAAGCAUGUUUGGAGUAAAGAAAUAUUCAGGUUUCAAGAUUUUCCUGUUCUACUUCAUUUUCAUGUCAAGGGAUGUGAGAGUUUGGAAAGUUUGUUUCCAGCAGCCUCAGUGGCUACAAGUCUACCGCAAUUGAAGUCUCUAAAGAUAGUAGAUUAUGGGGUAAUGGAGGAAAUUGUCGCGGGAGAAGACCGGACAGAUCCAACAACGAGGCUUUUGUUCCCCAGCCUAAAUGUUCUAAGACUUGAUGGGUUGCUAAACCUCAAGUGGUUUUACCAAAGGGUGCGUACUUUGGAAUCGUCGUCAUCCAAGGAAUUACAUGAGCAGGGAGGCACGCUUUUUGAAGAGGUUGCCUUUCCUAAUUUGACAAAUCUGGAUUUAUGUGGUCUACCCAAAAUCAAGCAUGUAUGGAGUAAAGAUCCACAAACAAUUCUCAGGUUUCAGGAUCUAAAAGAAAUAAAUGUUCGGGAAUGUGCAAGUCUUAAAAGUUUGUUUCCAGCCUCGGUUGGUGGACUUCUUAAGCAAUUGGAGAGCAUUAGAAUUAAUGACUGUGGGGUGGAGGAAAUUGUUGGGGCUGAAGGAGAAGAAGCAGUGGGAAGGACGUUGGUGUUCGAGUUCCCUCGAGUAACUCGUUUGCAUCUUACAAAUUUACCAAGACUCGAGUGUUUUUACAACGGAGAGCAUACUUCAAAAUGGCCGAUGCUGAGAAAUAGGUUGAUUGAUAGGUGCGAGAAAGUUGAGAAGGCGAGGGAGAAGGCAAAAUUUAAGCGGGAUAGAUGUUUGAAUGUUUCUAAUUACCAAGGCAUGAAAAAUCUAUCAAAUGGCGAAUUGCUGAAGCUAACCACAGGUCUUGCUCAACCUUUUCUGUUGGCCGGCGUACUUCUCCUUGACAAAUUAUCCCGGGGUGUUAUACUUGAGAAAUUAGCACCCAACUGUUAUAUCCGAGAAGCAGAAAGGAUUCAGUCGGAGAGAGAGGGAGAGGCAGAGGAGCUUUUGGACCAGGUCGAGCUUGCAUCCUAUGGAACGACACCCGUAGCCAGAAGAAGCAGAUCGCUUUUUCUCUGGCGAUUGCUUAAACUGCAGCUAACUUCACUGGCGGAUCUCAAUCGCGGAGAUCAAGUUUUAUCUUCCCGACGAACGAACAAGCGCAGGGAGUCGUCUUAG